CGAUUUAUAACCCGCAGCUGGUGAGGAAAAAAAAAAAAAAACAGCAAAAGAACAAAUUUUGAACAACAACGAACUUUAAAUUUCAAUCACUAUUUUUAAUUCUUCAUUAAUCAAGUUUAAACUAUCCCGUACCAACCAUGUCUGAUAUAUUAGAAAAGUCACUAGACGAUAUUAUAGGUGAAAACAAACCAUCUCACCAAAGAAGAAGUCAAGGAGGCUCAUCGUACCGUAGAGGGGGCCCAACUCAUGCAUAUAGAUCAAAAUACUUGUCAAGUUCAAGAACAUACAGACCAUAUGACAGAAAUUCCAGUCGACCAUCUUCAGCUCCACUUCCUGGUGCUCGUGCCAAUUCAUCAUUAUCUAAAGACAUUCAAGGGUUGGCUGGUAAUCGUCCAGUUUUAAGGGUUAAAAAUAUUCAUCCUGAUUUGAAUGGGGAAGAUUUAUCUAAUUUAUUUGGAAAUGUUUCUCCAGUAGACUUUGUAAAGUUUGAUAAUAGAAAUGAUGACAUUGCUUAUGUAUGCUUUCACAAUGAUAAUGCUAGAAGCAACUCCGAAGCCAUUGAUAAAUUUAAUGGUAAGAAAGCCAUGGGUCAAACUUUAAUUGUUGAAAAUGCUCAAUCAUUAGCUGAAAGAAUCAAGAUCCUUCCUGUCAACGAACGUAUUAGACCAGCUUCUGCUCCAAAGGAAAGAGAUACUUACAGAGGAACUUCAAGACCAAUUUCAAGAGAAAGAAAAGUAAAACCAAAGCCAAGUAAGAAAUCACUUACUGAUUUAGAUGAUGAAUUAAAUGCUUAUAUGAAUGGAACAACUACAGAACAACAACAAGAAGAACAUACUUUACCAGAACCAUCAUUUGAUCCAAGUAGUCUUGAACCACAAGAAGAUCACUCUGCUGCUCCUGCAGAAGACGAGGUUAUGUUGUAAUCAAAAAGAUAAUCGAAUUUUUAAAUAAUUGUAUAUUGUACUAGUAAAUAAAUAAAUAAAUAAUAACAGGAUUGAACAAUAAAAAUAAUGCAAGAGUGUGAACAUCG